AUGUUAUUAAAUAUUGAUUUUUCUUGUGCUGUUGCCGAAUCUGACUCGUUUGCUGAUUUCUUUUUGUUUCGUGCUGCAUUGAGUUUUGCUAUUAGAGUGCUCUGCGAGUACUUUUGUGGCAAGGUACGAGAUUGGAGGAGGGGCCACCACUGCAAGUGCUCUUAUUGGUUAUUGAUUUUCUUGCAAUAUUGCCAUUUCUUAAUCGCUACUGGGUUCUUUUUUUGUUGUGUGUUGCAUCUCCUUUUGAGUUUCGGAUUGGUCGAUACAGCGAGUACUUUUGUGACAAGGUACGAAGUUGGAAGAAAAGCCACCACUACAGGUGCUGUUAUCGAUCAUUGUUUUUUCUUACAUCAAUCAGAUCUCUGGACGCUUUCUAGGUCUUUUCUCUUGUGCGUUUUGGUCAUGGACGCUGCAGUGUUUUCAUCCAUGCGAGCUGGCGAACGCGAGACGGGUAGCUGGAUGGCCCUGCUUGGGGAAGUAGAUAUAAUAAACAAAUCCAGGCGGGUUGCCGAUCCAGUGAAGAGGGUCAGUCAUCCAUCACUACUGAGUUUGUUCCACGCAGAGAGUUAUAACCUAAGAAAGGAAAUCAAAGAGCUUUGUGAUAAAAUUAGUCUGGCUGCUGAUAUAGGGACUGAGACUGUUCAUUUGAGUUUUGGUCCUAGUCAAGGUAUUCGGGAUGUUCCUGUUAUCACAGCUAGCUCUGAUCGGAAUAUGUUAUUCUCUGAAGUUGAGAGAUUACGUUCGAUUGUUUUAUGUGGUUUGGCUGAGUCUAGCUCUACUAGUGCCAGCAAGCGUUUUUGUGACGGUUUUCAAAGUGAUUGUCAUAUAAUUGAUUUUCUUGAUAUUGAAUGUAAUCCGAUUACUGGGUAUAGAAUGGGAAGGCUUUCUAAAGAUCAGUGUAGGUUAGUGAAGGUAGUUUUCCCGUCACUUUUUUACUCGGAUGACAUGCCAAUUUCGAAAAACUCGGGCUACAUCAGAACAGCUCUAAAUAGCAAAAUCGACACCUUUGGUUUACGGAAACAUGGCUCAAACCCAAUCAUGAAAUAG